AUGCCGCUCAUCCUCAACAAGGCAUCCGAUACAGCAGCUCGCGCCCUGGCACCAGCCUGGGCAUCCAUCAGAAUAACGACGCACACCCUCGCAAUAUAGAUCAGGACCUCGACAUGGCGUACGCGGAGCGUCACAAGCACUCUCGUAGUUCGGAAGAAGUACACGGGCAGCCACAGAAACGUCAGUCCCCACCGCCGCCCGUGCGCACAUCUACGGAUGGCCUCAUCGCCGCGAGCCGCCUCGGGCACCGCCGUCGCGACUCGGACACGCUGCGGUCUGGCGCGGUGCCGUCGGGGAGUCCCACAGUUGGCGAACGCUCGGGGCUGCCGCCCCGUCUGUCGCCCAACCCUCGCGGCCAACCCCUUCGCCGCAGCCCCACUGCGCCCGAAGCCUCCGCGCUCAGCAACAUGGCCUCCCAGCAACAGCAACGGGAACGGGAAUCAACCCGCGGCGAGGGCAGCAAUCCCAAAGGUGCACACCGCGAGGCGCCGCCGCCGCCCGCGCCCACCAGCGCGUCGCAGUCGAACAAGCACAUCAUGGUGAACCGCCAGAUCUAUGCUCGGCUCGACAUGAUCGGCAAGGGCGGCUCGUCGCGCGUGUACCGCGCGAUGGCGAACAACAACGAGAUCUACGCGAUCAAGCGGGUGACGCUGGACAAGACGGACGCAGACACGCUGCAGGGGUAUAAGAACGAAAUUGGGCUGCUCAAGCGGCUCGCGGGGAACCAGCGCAUCAUUCGCUUGAUCGACAGCGAAGUGAAAAGUGGGCCGAAUGGGAGGCAGGGGCAUUUAUUCCUGGUGAUGGAGUAUGGGGAGAUUGACCUGGCGAGGCUGUUGGCGGAGCAGCAGAAGGAGCCCAUGAAUAUGGCGUGGAUUGCGUAUUAUUGGCAGCAGAUGCUUCAAGCGGUCCAAAUAGUGCACGAUGAAAAGAUUGUGCACUCCGACCUGAAGCCGGCGAACUUCGUCCUGGUGAAGGGCCAGCUGAAGUUGAUCGACUUCGGUAUCGCGAAUGCGAUCGCCAACGACACCACCAACAUCCAGCGCGACCACCAGAUCGGCACGCUCAACUACAUGUCCCCCGAGGCCAUCGAGCUCCCCGAGGGCACGCGGCGCCUCAAGGUCGGCCGCGCGUCAGACGUGUGGUCGCUGGGGUGCAUCCUGUACCAGAUGGUGUACGGCCGGCCGCCGUUCCAGCACCUCUCGACGAUGUACCACAAGAUGAAGGCGAUCCCGGACGCGUCGUACGAGAUCGAGUACCCGGAGUACGCGGUGCCGUCGGUGCCCAAGGAGAAGAAGCCGGAGGGUGGCGAGAAUGGGGGCGAGGGCGAAGAGUCGCAGCGGCCGAAGACGCCGACGGUGCCGCUGGAGCAUCUGAAGCGGCGCGUGCGCUCGGAUGUGAUCCAGACGAUGAAGAGCUGUCUGAUGCGCAACCCGAAGCAGAGGGCGGUCAUCCCGGACCUGCUGCAGGAUGACUGGCUGGUCAUGACGAAAGAUCCUGAACCGCAAAAGCAGCCCAAUGCCAUUGACUUGCUGGCUGACGACGAGACUAUCAUCAGUCCGCACUAUAUGGCUCAGCUCCUGCAGCACGGUAUGAGGAUCGGUGCAGACGGCGGGAUGGACGAGGAAGCGCUGGGGCGUGAAGCACAGCGUCUCGUAAUGGAGUUGAGGGCGCUGUACGCCACUUCUCAUUGAUACCAGUGACUCUCAAUCGGACGAGCUUCCCACCUUCCUUGCAUGCGAGACCUUCGUGCCUCCGUCCACGCAAGGCCAGCCACCUGCCCACAAAUAAUAUCUACGAACGCUGGCCGCUCCUCUCUACGCCACCCAGCUCCUAUAUCGCAUCGGACUUCAUCUCAUUCCGCAUAUGCAACGCCGUGCCACGUUAGGCAUCGCAUACAUCUCACUUCGCAUUUGCAUGCAUCUCACCUCGCAGACGCAUGCACCGCAUGCCCAUGUACCACCCUGCUGCAUCGUCGUCGAUCGAUCGCUGUACUGCUACGCUACUCCAGCUUAUUCCGCCCCUCUCGUUCAUACAUGUUUUUCCACGUCCCGUCGCGCCCUUUCUCCAUCUACAUCGUCGC